AUGCAGGCCAGCGGUGAUUUGGUUAGUGAUGUAGUGGACACCAGUGACGGUCCGAUUGGCUACUUAGAGGCCUCCGUCGCUAGAUCAAAAACCGCUUACAACUUGGAACGCAAAACUUGCUUCUUGGCGAUGUGCGCGGGCAUCCAAGGCCUGUCGCAGGACUCGUGGGCACUUAGGUGGCUGGAGGUGGCCAAGGAGCAUGGUCCGGAAUGCGGGCCGGGCAAGCCUUUGCUUCCUUCACGUGUGAAAGGGGGCGGGUGGCAGGAGUCACCUGUCAGCGUGGAGGUGGGCGCCAGGUGGUUGUGCAACUUGCUGCAUAGGUCAGGCCAGGAGGCGUCAGGUGUGCGCGCCCUCGGCACUCAUUCCCUCAAAGCCACGUGUUUGUCAUGGGCCGCUAAAUGGGGCGUUGACCGGGAUACCCGUCUGAUUAUGGGCUAUCAUAGUUCUUCCAGGAGCAAGUCGGAUGUAGUCUAUGGGCGUGAUAAUGUUGCACCUGCCUUGAGGGUUCUGGACACCAUUAUUGCGGCCGUAGCGGCGAGCAGGUUCUUGCCUGGUGCAACGCGCUCUGGGAUGUUUCCCAACAGUGUUAGGCAGGGCAGACUGCCGUCGGCCGAGGACGAGAUAAGCCUCUCGUCAGAGGGAUCCGAGGACGAGGAGGACAAAGACCCUGCCGAGCAGGAGAAGGCUGCGGACGAAGUUGUUGGUGCCUGGGAACCGGCCAGAGUGGAUGCAAGCGGUCUCCCGAAGGACGAUGCCACUAAGGUCAAAAGCUCCGUAUCAUCAUUGCGGCAGUUGACUUUCAUUUCGAGCUUUACGCCAGGGCAAGCUGACGAAGCACCCCUCAUGGCUGCACUCCAGUCCAUGCUGGGGAGGGAUGCCGAACUGGCCGUGCAAGCUAGUUUUCGAGCUUUGUAUCACGAAGCAUACGCGAUAGUGACCUCCGAGCUCAAGCAAAAGAUCGAGAAAAGCGAGGAACUGGCAAGUCGUCGGCUGACGCAACCAGAACGCGCUGAGAGGUACGAGAAGCAGAAGACCAAGCUUGUUGGUGUCCUGAUUAAGAAUCAGAGUGAGCCAAGCGAGGCCCUUGUUGACAAGGCCGUUGCCUGUUACGAGAGCAAUGAGCUGAGGUACCUCAGCUGGGAAGCUUGUACCUCGCGUGAGCAAGAGGUAGGGUCUGAUCGAAGAAAGGACACUCGAUUCACCGUAGAUGAGAAUUCGGGCCGCCUGAAGGUCGAGACCAAGGAUGCCGAGGAGAAAGCGUCAACGGUUUCGGAGGUUCAUGUUCUGCAGGCUCUCCAGCGCAGGUCUCUGGCCAUGGAUCAGGCGAACAUUGUCGAGUAUUCCUUGAUGCAACAAUGGUCAGACCGCUUGCUGAGGGCUAAGAUGCAGGAA